ACUCACCAGUAACAAUAAACUCCAAGUUUGUAACGGGCCACUCCUCUUGUUGGUGACUCCACGCGAUGUGUGUAACCGAUGUGCCUGACGUCUUGGCUUGAGUAUCCUCGUUCGUAGGCGCGCGUCCUGAGUGCGGUGAUGCUAAUCGUGCGCGACGCACGCUGACACGGCGGAUUAGACUUGAUCAGGAAAUCGUGAUCCCGAGAAAAAAUGUUAGUCUGGAUCCUCUUAUUGUUCUUGGGUUCUGGAAAUGGCCAGUUUACCCAGGAGCCAACAGAAUCCACCCCCAGACUUCCAUGGAAUCGUUAUGACGAAUGGGAUCAGAAUGCAGGCUUUGGAUUCCGGAAUCCUUCAGGCCAAAAUGAAAACGUUAUAAUUAAAGACUCCACAUAUUUCAUUGUUGCGUCUCGCAUGGUUAGGCCAGGUCAAGUGUACAGACUUGCUGUGAACAUUCUUCAUAGCCCGCUGCCUAUGAUGGUACGUACAUCCAUUCAACGAAAUGGUGUGGAAAUAGCGGCGGAUCAUCAAGAAGUAAAGGAGGGUAUACCUGAAACUUUAAUGAUGCGCAUGCCACCCACUUCCGUGGAUGGUGACUAUAAAUUGCGGGUAGAAGGGUUGUUUAACAGUUUAACAGGUGGCCAAGCCUUUUUAAAUGAAACCAAACUGAUAUUCUCGCAACGUUCCAUGACCAUUUUUAUACAAUUGGACAAACCCGUGUAUAUGCAGGGCGAUACAGUACGUUUUAGAACGAUCCCAAUCGAUACAGAGUUGAAAGCUUACGAUAAUCCUGUGGAUGUAUAUAUGUUAGAUCCAAAUAGAAGGAUUAUGAGACGGUGGCUCAGCAGACAGAGCAAUCUGGGUACGGUGUCGCUAUCGUACCAGCUUUCUGAUCAACCGGUUUUUGGAGAGUGGAUCGUGCAAGUAAUAGCUCAGAAUCAAGUGGAGGAAAAGAGAUUUCUUGUAGAAGAAUAUUAUCAAACGCGUUUCGAAGUCAAUGUCACGAUGCCAGCGUUCUUUUUCGACAACGAUCCCUAUAUUUACGGUAUCGUUCAGGCAAAUUAUACAUCGGGCGCACCGGUGAGAGGUAAUUUGACUCUAAAAGCCAGUUUUAAGCCACUGGAUAGAAUACGCACUUCCUCAGCGGCGAUCGAACCAGUCGAGAGAUACUUCAACUUCAACGAGUAUUAUCCAUCAUGGUUUAGGAUACUUAAUUUCUAUGAGGAGAGAGUACCAGUACUGAGAUUCUUCAAUGGAACGUAUCACUUCCGAUAUCCUAUGCAGGAAUUGUUGGGCUUCGCUCCGUCGAUUGACGGAAUGGAAGUCACUGUGGUCGCGACAGUGGGUGAGAGAUUUUUAGACGAGGUGAUCGUCGGUUACUCUAAGGCAAGGAUCUUCAAUUCCACCACAAAGAUUCGUUUCCUUGGUGGCAGUCCACAGAUCUUCAAGCCAGCGAUGCCGUUUACUUUGAAUUUAGUUGCAUCUUUCCACGACAACUCGCCACUACGGUCCACGCAGCUCAGGGACGCCAUGAUGGAGAUCCGCGCAGACAUUGAGAUGCGAUCUGGCGGACGUCGCAACAUUGACAUCGAAUAUCCGAGAGCAUCACCAGAACAUGCGGACGCGUGGGUCGUGAAAAUGAAUCUCAGGAAACAGCUCGGGCUAGAAUCUGAUCGCGCCAAUCAAAUUCUGGACGACAUCUCCUCUAUGAGGGUUCAUGCGCAUUUUACUGAUGGCGAGGGUUACAGAACUCAGACCGAGCUGCUACUGCUCGCCCAUGAUUCUCCGAAUAUGAAGCACAUCAAGAUAUCAACAUCUACCGAAAAUCCCAAAGUCGGCCAAUACAUGGUAUUCCAUGUACAGACUAAUUUCUAUAUUGAUGUCUUUAACUAUCUCGUCAUGUCUAAAGGCAUCAUACUUCUGACUGGUGAAGACAAUAUGCAGCACAAUAUAAAAACUUUCGCGAUUCCUCUGAGCCCUGAGAUGGCUCCUGUCGCAACGGCGGUGGUGUAUUAUGUGGGCCGUCAUGGCGAAGUUGUUGCAGAUUCCCUGACUUUCCCAGUAAACGGCAUCUCGCGCAAUAACUUUACUGUGUUUAUCAACAACAAAAAGGCAAGAACGGGCGAGCGCGUUGAGAUAGCCAUUUAUGGCGAACCUGGCGCCUACGUCGCUUUAUCGGGCAUCGACCGUUCAUUCUACACUAUGCAAGCAGGCAAUGAGCUGUCAUAUGCAAACGUAAUCUCAAAGAUGGCUCACUUUGAUGAGGAGACCAACGGCACGCACACGCACACUUGGCAGUAUCACGACGGUGAUCCGGAUGAGAUGAUAUAUUUUCCAUCCUCCACCUUUGGUAUUGACGUCAAUCGCACAUUUGAUUAUAUUGGCCUAGUCGUCUUCACGGAUGCUAUGUUAUACCGACGACCCGAUACGUGCAAUCGAACGCAAGGUUACGGCGAAUGCUUAACUACAGGUCGUUGCUACAGGUUGGAGAAAAAAUGCGAUGGUGUAUUUGAUUGUGAGGACGGCACAGACGAGGCGGAUCGAAUCCAAAGGCACUAUGAGAAUGUUUGGCUGUGGAAAGAUAUCAACAUCGGCCCGCAUGGCCGACAGAUCUUCAACCUGGAUGUACCACGGAGACCAGUACAUUGGAUGGUCACCGCUUUCAGCAUGUCGCCUAGUAUCGGAUUUGGUAUGUUACCGAAGGCGCUAGAGUAUACCGGAGUCUUGCCGUUCUAUAUAAACGUGGAGAUGCCAGCUCACAGCAGACAAGGCGAGCAAAUUGGUAUUCGUGUGUCCGUCUUCAAUUACAUGCACUACAAUAUCGAGGCAACAGUGGUACUGGCGGGAUCCAAAGACUAUAAAUUUGUUCACGUUGAGGACAAUGGCAUUGUGCAGUCGUACAAACCGCGUACCUCUUUUGGCGAGCAUCAAUUUUUCAUCUGGAUUCCUGCUCAAGAUGUCAAUAUUGUUUAUCUGCCUAUCGUACCAGUAAGACUUGGCGACAUUAAAAUUCACGUUUAUGCGACUACUCUAAUCGGUAGGGAUUCGGUGACUCGCAACCUGCAUGUUGAAGCAGACGGAGUGCCGCAAUAUCGACAUCAAUCGAUUUUGCUGGAUCUUAGCAAUCGCGCCUAUAUACAAGAAUACCUGCACGUGAACGUUACUGAAACCCCGAUCAUACCAUACGAUGAGAGCCGUUACUAUGUAUUCGGAUCUAACAAAGCAACCAUCAGUUUGGUUGGUGAUGUAGUGGGGCCUAUCUUCCCGACAAUGCCGGUGAAUGCAACGAGCCUUAUAAAUCUGCCGAUGGACUGUGCCGAGCAGAACAUGUUCAGUUUUGCCGCUAACAUGUAUACCACCCUAUAUAUGCGCUUGAUCAAUCAACGUAAUCGCACACAAGAAAAGGAAAGUUUCUACUACAUGAACAUUGGCUAUCAAAAACAGUUAUCGUUCAUGAAUCCCGACGGAUCUUUCAGCUUUUUCCGCACUGACUGGAAUCAAUCAAUGCCGAGUGUUUGGCUGACGGCAUUCUGCGCACGAAUUUUCCAAGAGGCUAGCUUCUAUGAGUGGGAGAAUUUCCUUUACAUUGAUCCCGAAGUGAUUUCCCAAGCGAUUUCUUGGAUAUUGAAACAUCAGACACCGGAAGGCGCAUUCUACGAAGUAACCUGGUUACCAGAUCGAAAGAUGAACAGCUCCUUGAACUAUAAAGAUGACAUAAUCGCCCAUCGAAACAUCAGUCUCACCGCUCAUGUACUCAUCACACUGCAGAGUGUCAAGGAUCUCACAGGUGGCUUAGGUUCUCAAGUGGCCCUGAGCGCGGCCAAUGCUAUCAAAUGGUUGGAGAGGAACCUGAAGUUGUUGGAAGAGCGCGGUAAACCUUAUGAGGUAGCAAUAGUGGCCUAUGCACUCUUGGUGGCGAAAGCCUCUACUGCCGAGCAAGCCUUCACUAUCCUAGCGCGACACGAACGGAGAGAGGGCGAAUAUAGGUACUGGGGCAGAGAACACGUACCGCCUCCUCCGACUAAGAUGGAGAAUCAGAAGCAGUUUAGACUGCCACGCUUACCCUUCGAUUACGAUUCAGAGAACAUAGAGACGACUUCGUACGCGCUACUUGUUUACGUCGCCCGACAAGAACUUAUGUUAGAACCGAUAAUGAGAUGGCUGAAUGUACAGAGAUUAACGAACGGUGGAUGGGCCUCCACUCAGGAUACUGUUUGGGCGAUGAAGGCACUAAUGGAAUAUACCGUCAGAUCGAGAAUCAGGGACGUCAGUUCGCUCACUGUAGAUAUAGAAUUUAGUUCCGUAAUAAACAAGACCGAGACAUUGACCGUGAAUCACAAAAAUCUAGCGAAACUUCAAACUAUUGAGAUCCCGCAAGCGUGGGGAAUCGUGAAAGUGCAGGCGAAGGGUGCAGGUUACGCCAUUCUACAGAUGCACGUGCAAUAUAACGUUGAUAUAAAGAAAUUCCAAACAGAACCGCCGAUCAAAGCCUUCGAUCUAGUCACUAGAGCGAAUUUCCAUGGCAGAAAUCAGUCUCACAUCUCGUAUCUUUGCUGUCAAAGAUGGACGAAUCUCAACGAAUCUACGCGAUCCGGCAUGGCUGUGUUGGAUGUAGCUGUACCAACCGGUUACAUAAUCCAGCAGCAAACUCUAGAUGGAUACAUCCUAUCGAAACAAGUAAGGAAUCUCCAGAGAGCACGUUUCCAAGAAAGAAAAGUGCUCUUUUACUUCGAUUAUCUAGACAGCGAAGAGACGUGCGUAAACUUCACGAUGGAACGUUGGUAUCCAGUCGCAAAUAUGUCGCGAUACCUUUCCAUUCGCGUUUACGAUUAUUAUGCGCCAGAACGCUUCAACGAAUCUAUAUUUGACGCACUGCCUACAUACACAUUGAAUAUAUGCGAGGUUUGCGGUAGCUCCCAGUGCCCUUACUGCCCAAUUUAUAAUGCUGCCAUGCUAUUAAGUACACCAACAGGUUUCCUGCUUAUCGCAUCGCUCAUCGUAACAAUAACAAGAUACUUCCGAACGCAGCAAUUCGGCGACGACCUAUUAACAGCAAGCUCUAUUUAGCGGUAAUGUAAAGGUAAAAGUAUUCGAUUCUUAUCCAAUUGCCAUAAUUUGCCUCUGCUAAUGGAGCACAAAUAUGGAACGUUACAAUAAUCAGAACAUAGUACAUGUCCACGAAUCUCAUUACUAUAAAUAUCUGAGGACCGUUUUAUAUAACUUUUCAAAUAUGACAUACGUAUGCAAUGACUAAUGUUAAUGAUGAGUUUUAAGUCUCAAUUUCUAUUUCCAGUGGAGCUAAUCACUUUAUAAUUUUAACUGUUUUUGUACGAAAAUUUUGCUCAUGCUGAAGAUUUUUUGC